AUGUCUACUGAAGACUAUUACGAAGACGACGCGUACGAAUAUGAGGGAGAUGAUGCAGCGAUCACAGCAGAGGACUCAUGGACAGUGAUAAGCGCCUUUUUCCGUGAAAAGGGUCUUGUCUCUCAGCAGCUGGACUCGUUCAACCAGUUCAUAAACUACACAAUCCAGGAUUUGAUUUUGGAAGACUCCACACUCAUUUUGGAGCAACUUGCGCAACACACGACCGAAAGCGAUAAUAUUAGUCGGAAGUAUGAGAUUAGCUUUGGUAAAAUUUACCUGGCCAAGCCCUCGAUGACGGAGUCUGAUGGUGUGUCUCACGCGAUGUAUCCACAAGAGGCCAGACUUCGGAAUUUGACAUAUGCGUCGGGGCUUUUCGUUGAGAUUCGAAAGCGUACUUAUGAGGCAGUUGACGUGCCUGGACGCGAUCUGAAAUACGAAGUGAUCGAUGAAGAGACAGAAGAUGCCGACGAAAACAAGAUUUUCAUCGGUAGAGUGCCCAUCAUGCUGCGGUCCAAGUAUUGUCUUCUCGAUGAGCUUACGGAAAGUGACUUGUACAAGCUGAAGGAGUGUCCAUUUGACAUGGGUGGAUAUUUCAUCAUCAACGGGUCUGAAAAGGUGUUGAUCGCGCAGGAACGGUCAGCUGGAAACAUCGUGCAAGUCUUCAAAAAAUCCGCUCCCUCUCCGAUUUCUCACAUUGCCGAAAUCCGGUCCGCUUUGGAGAAAGGCUCCAGAUUUAUCAGCACUUUGCAGGUCAAGUUGUAUGGACGUGAAGGUAGCACUAACAGGACCAUUAGGGCUACUCUUCCUUACAUUAAGCAGGAUAUUCCAAUCGUUAUUAUUUUCAGAGCUUUGGGCAUUAUUCCAGAUGGUGAAAUUCUGGAACAUAUAUGUUAUGACGUUAAUGAUUGGCAAAUGUUAGAAAUGUUGAAGCCUUGUGUCGAAGAAGGGUUCGUUAUACAAGAUAGAGAAACCGCGCUCGAUUUUAUCGGUCGUCGUGGGACGGCCUUGGGUAUCAAGAAGGAGAAAAGAAUACAAUAUGCUAAAGACAUUUUGCAGAAAGAGUUUUUGCCACACAUCACACAGCUUGAAGGUUUUGAAAGCAGGAAAGCCUUUUUCUUGGGUUAUAUGAUCAAUAGAUUAUUGCUGUGUGCUCUUGACCGCAGAGACCAAGACGAUCGUGAUCAUUUUGGUAAGAAGAGAUUGGAUUUGGCAGGUCCUCUUCUAGCGCAACUUUUCAAAACUUUGUUCAGAAAAUUGACGAGAGACAUUUUGAGAUUUAUGCAAAGGUCGGUCGAAGAGGCCAAGGAUUUCAAUUUGAAGUUGGCUGUUAAGGCUACUACCAUCACCGCCGGCUUGAAGUAUGCUCUGGCCACUGGUAACUGGGGUGAACAAAAGAAGGCAAUGACAUCUAGAGCCGGUGUUUCUCAAGUGCUCAACAGAUAUACUUACUCCUCGACUUUAUCGCACUUGCGACGCACCAAUACGCCAAUUGGCCGUGAUGGUAAGCUAGCCAAACCUCGUCAAUUGCAUAAUACCCAUUGGGGUUUAGUCUGUCCCGCAGAAACCCCCGAGGGCCAAGCCUGUGGCCUGGUCAAAAAUCUUUCAUUGAUGUCCUGUAUUUCUGUUGGCACAGAUCCAUUGCCUAUCAUUACCUUUUUGAAUGAAUGGGGUAUGGAGCCAUUGGAGGAUUACGUUCCACACCAGUCACCGGAUGCUACGAGAGUUUUCGUUAAUGGUGUUUGGCAUGGUAUUCACAGGAAUCCCGCGAAAUUGGUGGAUACCAUCAGAAAGUUAAGAAGAAAGGGUGAUAUUACUUCCGAGGUCUCGAUUGUUAGGGAUAUUCGUGAGAAAGAGCUCAAAAUUUUCACGGAUGCAGGUAGAGUUUACAGACCGCUCUUCAUUGUGGAUGAAAACGAAGAAAGUGGUGUAAAAGAAUUGAAGGUCAAGAAGGGACACGUGAGAAAACUCAUGUUAACAGAAUAUCAAGAUAUCGAGGGAGGAUUUGAAGACGAAGAUGUAAAUUACACUUGGACAUCUUUACUAAACGACGGAUUGGUUGAAUACAUUGAUGCUGAAGAAGAGGAAACGAUCUUGAUUGCGAUGCAACAUGAGGAUUUGGAUCCUGCAGCAGGAGCAAUUGAUCCCGAGGAAGAACUAGAUCCUGCCAAGCGAAUCAAGGCUAUUCACCAUUCAAGCACGUUCACUCACUGUGAAAUUCAUCCAUCGAUGAUUUUAGGUGUAGCCGCUUCCAUCAUUCCUUUCCCUGACCAUAACCAGUCCCCUCGUAACACUUAUCAAUCUGCAAUGGGUAAACAAGCUAUGGGUGUCUUUUUGACGAACUAUAACGUUCGUAUGGAUACCAUGGCCAAUAUCCUGUACUAUCCUCAGAAGCCGUUGGGAACUACCCGUUCUAUGGAAUAUUUGAAGUUUAGAGAGUUGCCAGCCGGGCAAAAUGCUAUUGUUGCCAUUGCAUGUUAUUCAGGUUACAAUCAAGAAGAUUCCAUGAUCAUGAACCAGUCUUCGAUUGAUAGAGGAUUGUUUAGAUCGUUGUUCUUCAGAUCGUACAUGGAUCAGGAAAAGAGAAUAGGAAUGUCCAUUACAGAAUCUUUUGAGAAGCCUCAAAGGACAAACACCCUCAGAAUGAAACAUGGUACUUAUGACAAGCUGGAUGAUGACGGUUUGGUUGCUCCAGGUGUCAGAGUAUCAGGUGAUGACAUGAUUAUAGGAAAAACGACCCCAAUUCCACCUGAUGCUGAAGAAUUGGGUCAAAGAACAGCAUUCCACUCUAAACGUGAUGCUUCGACUCCUCUGAGAAGCACAGAAAAUGGUAUUGUUGACCAGGUGUUGAUCACGACCAACCAAGAGGGGUUGAAAUUUGUCAAAGUCAGAGUCAGGACGACUAAAGUACCACAAAUUGGUGAUAAAUUUGCGUCUCGUCACGGACAAAAAGGUACAAUUGGUAUUACUUAUAGGAGAGAAGACAUGCCUUUCACUGCAGAAGGCGUUGUACCAGACCUGAUAAUUAAUCCCCAUGCCAUUCCAUCUCGUAUGACUGUCGCACAUCUUAUCGAGUGUUUGUUAAGUAAAGUGGCAGCCCUAUCGGGUAAUGAGGGUGACGCAUCGCCAUUCACAGAUAUUACGGUGGAUGGUAUUUCUCGACUACUUAGAGAGCACGGUUAUCAAUCACGUGGAUUUGAAGUGAUGUACAACGGUCACACGGGUAAAAAGCUUAUGGCGCAGAUAUUUUUCGGUCCAACCUACUACCAACGUUUGAGGCACAUGGUCGACGAUAAAAUCCACGCGAGAGCUCGUGGUCCUGUGCAAGUGUUGACUAGACAGCCGGUCGAAGGUCGGUCCAGAGAUGGUGGACUGAGAUUCGGUGAAAUGGAACGUGACUGUAUGAUCGCGCAUGGUGCUGCUGCCUUUUUGAAGGAGAGAUUGAUGGAAGCCUCAGAUGCCUUCAGAGUACACAUCUGUGGUGUUUGUGGUCUCAUGACAGUGGUUGCGAAACUCAAACACAACCAGUUUGAGUGUCGUGGCUGCAAGAACAAGAUUGACAUUUAUCAAAUUCACAUCCCAUAUGCCGCUAAGCUCUUGUUUCAAGAGCUGAUGGCUAUGAAUAUCACCCCGCGGUUGUAUACUGACCGUAUUAGGGAUUAG